AGAGAGAGCUGCUGUGACAAUCCGCGUGCAGCCAGAGCGAGGCACAGAGCAGCUAACAGGCAGUGAAAGCAUGACUGGACACACACAGUGCUAGACUACAGCAAACUACUCUUUCUGAAGAUUUCCAAAGGUGUGAAUCCAAACGUGUGACUGUUGGAGAGUGAAGCAGGCAACAGAGAGGAAAAUGCAGGAGUGAUGACUGACUGAGUUUGGAACAAAUGACAAAAGAUUACAAAUCCUGAGGAUGAAAAUAGAAGAUGCCAGCUGCUGAAAAUCAACUUCAUUUGUUACAUUAAAGAACAGAAGAUGCUGUUAUUGCUUUAACUCUUAAUGGAUUCAUAAAGUUGCCCCAAAGUAAUACUUACAACAACAAUUCUGUUGAAGGGAUCUCUUGGUGGUGGUCAGCGAGUGGGGGCCAGGAUGUGGCCCCCUGACCUCGGGCCUCCAGACGUCCAGCUGACUCUUCCUGGUUUUGGAAGUGUGUUUGAGGAUGCUGAGGACCAUCAGGUGCCGCUGUCUUCAGGUGGCCUCUGUCAGUCCUCGAUACACUCAGGUGGUCUGGGGGUUUGCUGUCUCCAGAGGACUUCUCUUUCCCUGUCCUCGCUGGGCCGGGACCUCACCUCUCUGCUCAGCUGUAAGACAGCUGGACCCCACAUAGAAAAGACCAUGGAGGACUUUGCCACCACGGCGCAGAGAGAUUCAAAAAACCACAGCCAAAGACUCAGCUGUUACCCCCAGCCGUCCCUCCCUUUGUCCUACAUGCUCACCAGCUGUGCCACAUCUUCAUCAUUUGGCUCUCCAACAUCCUCUCUGUCCUCUUCCUCUUCUUCCCCUUCUUUAUUUUUUUCUUCUUCUUUGCCUCUUUCUGAUGCACCCAGAGGGAACAAGACUCCUCAUCAACAACAAAAGCUACAGGAGGAGUAUCACUCCAUCAAACAAGAGCCUGCAGACGACUUCUCACCGUGUAAAAGGGAGCCGUUCCAAAUCCCCAACCAGCACGGGGAGCUGUUCCGUGUAAGCCAGCCUCUCCAAGUCCACGACAGCCAGGACGGCACCCCGCUUCAUUUCCCCAGGCUCAAUGGACCUGCAAGACAGGAACCCACAGUGGACCAACAGGAGCAGUUGUGUCACUGGAUCGACUGUUGUGCCACUUACAGCAGCCAGGAGGAGCUGGUGAGGCACAUCGAGAAGGUCCACAUCGACCAGCGCAAAGGAGAAGAGUUCUCUUGUUUCUGGGCUGGCUGCGUGCGGCGCCACAAACCCUUCAACGCUCGCUACAAGCUACUCAUCCACAUGAGGGUCCACUCUGGAGAAAAACCCAACAAAUGCAUGUUUGAGGGCUGCUCAAAGGCCUUCUCACGUCUGGAGAACCUGAAGAUCCACCUGAGGAGCCACACAGGAGAAAAACCAUACAUCUGCCAGCAUCCCGGCUGCCUGAAAGCCUUCAGCAACUCCAGUGACCGAGCCAAACACCAACGCACACAUCUGGACACGAAACCGUACGCCUGUCAGAUCCCAGGAUGCACCAAACGCUACACUGACCCCAGCUCGUUACGGAAACACGUCAAAGCUCAUUCAGCCAAAGGCCUUCAGGAGAGAGAGGUGAAGGUUCAGGUGCACACUUUGCUGGAAUCAGACCUUUUGAGUGAUUGCCUGGCGAGGCAGCAUCUCCACAGCUCUGCCUCUUCCCACCAAGGAAGCAGCUCACCUUUACCGAGUCUGGAUGACUUCUCAGGUGUGUACUCAAACAACAGCACCGUCCACAACAGGGGGAAUUCAGAGUUUCUUCCUCCACCGUCAGACAACUGUUCCAGAUAUCCUGGCCUGGAGGGAAACUUCGACUCCAACAGUCCAAUAUCUCCACUGACGAGCCCGGGGAGCGUGAGAGAGGGGAACAGGUCAGCAUCCUUGUUCAUGCCUGCUAAUGUCAGCCCGGUGAGCUCCACAUCAGACCGAGCAAACAUCCCACACCAGAGCUACAACAAAACCUACAGCCACCAACAAGUCCUCUCACAGCAGCAAGGAUGUCUGUACGGAGAAGGGAAGGCAGUUCAACCCGUCAGUGAUGGAGGCUUUGAACCCGCCAGUUACUUCCCAAACCCCUCCUCCUCUCACUCUGUAGGGUUUGACUUGUUGCAGGACCUGCAGGGUCAGGCGGGGGGCGGUUACUCCAUGUCGCCCUGCUCAGACGACAGCUUCCUCUUUCAAACGGGAGGCGUCGACCGCUGCCUCAACCAGAUCUACUCCAUCUACCUGGACUCAUGAUGGCCAUCCAUGACCAAAGAACUGAUCUGAUUCAGACUCCCUCUGAGGACCAAAGGCAGCAUGUUUAAUGUGUGGCAGCAGACAAUCACCAUAUACUGUAUAUCCAAAGGUGAAGUUGUCAGAUUGUUCAUGAAAAGUGCAAAACAAAAAAAAAGGGAAAGGGAGAUUUGACGGUACAGCCAAAAGAGGCAGAGCUGCAGACAUGCACAGAACUAAUAUGUCCAGCUUUCUAACGUCAUUAGCAGUGAUAUUUUAAUUCAGAGAUGACCACAGCAUUCGUGAUCUGGAUAGAAGGAGCUAUAAGAGUUUGUAACGUUUGUCUCAUUGAAAAGUCAAGAAGAUUUUUCCUCUUGCUCUGUUGAGAUAAACUGUGUCUCCACAGCAGCUCUGCUUCUGAGAAAUGUUCAAGAAAAAUAAAGAUAUCUGUCAAAACAGAUACUCUAAUGUAGUGGUUUCCAACAUGCAGCAAAAAGAAAUCUGUUGGGUCAAAAGGUGAAAAAGUAGAAAGCCAAGAAAAAGAAAAUCUGCUGCAUGUAAUGUUCUCUUUUUGUCGAACAUGCCUCUGGUUUUUGCAUCAAAAAGAAGUUACUUGCUAAAAAAAAAAGUUGUGAAUCAUGAUUUGACAGGUGAAACGUUGCUUUUAUCAGUGAGCAAGGAGUAGUUUAGCAUUUUUUGGAAAUGUGCCUUUUGUUUUCUAGCAGAGAGUUGGAGAACAAGAUAACUAGUAACUGCUCCAGUAUAGCCAUAGCCAAGUUAGCUCAGCUCAGCACAGAUGCUUUAAGUAGGAGGAUUUGGCUUGCCUUGUUCUGUCAACAGAUUAACAGAAAUUAUCUUAGAGUAACUCUAAUCCUCAUUAAUAAACUGGUUUACUCUUGUUAAGUUAGUUUGGGUAAAACAGGGUUAUGUGUUGGAUUAUUUGACGUAAGGAAAUCACUAAAUCAAGAAAAAAAUAGUCCCAUUAGUAACACAAAGUUCAACCAUGACGUGUUGUUUUUACAUUUUGCUCUGUGUGGAGUGAAAAAUCAAAGAAUAGAUCAUCACUCAUCGAGCUGUAGUUGUAGCCCAUACACUCCAGCUUCCUCCCACAGACUAAAAACAUGCCAGCCAGGUUCAUAGGUGACUCUAAAUUGAAGUGUGUGCGUGAAUGGUUGUCUCUGGUGACCUGUCCUGGAUGUAUCCCUCCUGUCGCCCUAUGACAGCUGGGAUAGGCUCCAGCCCCCCUGCGAUCCAGAGUGGGAUACACAGUAAAGUGGAUGGGCAGAAUUGGGCAAGCUGUUUGUUUAACAGCAUUUGUGCUAAGCUAAGCUAAUAGGUGUGUCCCUAUACCUUAAAUACUUUACACUCAUUCAUGAAAACUAAUGAUCGUAUUUUGAUUUUGAAGCACUUUUUUGAUCAAGAAAAUAAUUCAUUAUAGUGCUGGAGGACAGCAUGACAUUUAAUUUAAAUAAUACAAUCAAUAUACAAAAGUGAAGCUUUUGGUUUUCCUGUCAAAGUUAUAUUUUCUGUUGAUAAAUAAUGUAACCAAAGUGAAAUUCAGAAACCUCAGAUAGCGUGUGCAUUUACAUUAUUGCUGUAGGAUUUGUUCUGCAGGAAGGUGGCAUGUUCCUUAAACUGAAGCAGUACUGCCACCUAGUGUCUGAAUGACUGAACAUUAAAUUGAUACCAUGGUACAUGAUGAUGUGUGUUUGUGUGGUACUCCUGGGAUAAAUAAACUGACACAUUAGACAUCAAAAUGCACUAAAACAUGAAUUCUGUGAUUUUUCUGCCAACAGAUAAGUUUCAACAUGUGUAAUCAAACAACUGUAGCAUAAUCUCAUUUUUAUUAUUCUUCUCUUGUUUCAUUAUCAAAGUGCCUUUUGUGAUUUUUAUCCAUUCCUACCAGUGUUUUUAUUGUCUAUCAGUGUUUUUGUAUAUUUUCUAUCAGUGUUAUAUUCAGUGAGAGCGAGCUGUGCGUUGUUUACAAAAAGUUCUGUGCACUCUUUUCUGUCUCAUCAGAGGCUUUAAGAAAAUGACCAACCAGAAAAUGUUUACACUGAUUUUGUAGCAAUUCAGAGUUUUCUUCUGAUGUUUUUGAACAGUAUGUAUAGACUGUAUAAAAAUAUGCCUGCCUUUUUAUAUCUGAAUAAAAAAAUAUCUGUUUGUA